CUGGUCGGCCGCCAUGCUGGCCUCCGGGCCUGCCGCGGCGGCGCGGCCGGCCGAGGCCGGGCUCGGCCCGGCCCGCGACGGCUGGCCGCCGACGAGCGCGCUCGCGCUGCUCGUCAAAAUGGCGGCGGUGGCGAUUGCGGCGACGGUCGUUCAGCCGUUCAGCGCUCAGGCGUCUGUCGUCAGUCGUCUGUCGUCUGUUGUCGCAUUUCGCACACGCGCGCGCUGCGCGACCCGCGUCGCUCCGCGAGGGCAUGUGCCUUCCGCGAUUCGAUCCCGCAGCCAAAAGCUGCUGGCUCGAGCCGCGGCCGACUCUGCCAUCGCGGCUGCAGCUGUCGAGCUCUCCAGAAGACUGGUGCCUGAUAUGCUGCCUCCCUGCGGAUGCAGCCAGCGAGCCUGGCGGUCCGCUGUACUUCAAGGAAGCGCUGACACGAUACUCGGAACGCGAAUCUGACAGGACCAUCGGGUUCUUCAGCCACCAAAGCGAGAUCACCCGAGAGAGCAGCUGAGUCUGCCUCUGGCCUCGCCUCCCUCUCUCUCCUUCAGGCAGUCGUGGCAUCCUAUGGGUUGUCCAGAGUAUCGACCUCUGGCGAGUCAGCCAGCCCCACUUUGAGGGCGCCAUGAAGUACAGCGAUCGCCAUCUCGCUGGCCUCUUCGCAAGGCCUCCCGACCGCGUCAAACUCAUCGACGCGGGCUCUCUCGGCUACUGGACCGGCCCCAGCUUCGGCUGAGGGCGGACAAGCUGCCGAGCCCAAAUCACUGUGAG